AUGAGCUCCACGAUCGAGAGCCGCGAUGACUGGGCCCGAGAGGACGACCUCGACUUGGGACAGGCCGAGGACGAACACCUUCCGGCGGCGGCAAGCAAUGGCGUUAUCGAAGAUGGGAUUCCAUCGGAGAACUUGAAAGAUGGCUCAAUUGCACAUAUAGAGGAGGAUCUCCCCGAUCUGGCCAGCCAGAAUCAUGUUUCGGGGAAAGCUGACCCUGUCCCCGAUGAAGUCGACUCGAAUGAUGUUCCUUCGUCGCCGUCGACCCCGAAGCCCCGUCUCGCGCAGAUGGGGUCGCCUGAUGACGCUGAUGAUAUUGGCUCUAAUCCGGAUGAUACACCGUCGUUGCGGGGAUCUAUUCAAUCGUCGCCAAGUAGUAGUGCGCUCGCAUUUCGUGGCUCCUCCCCUCGACCCAGUCCCAGUCCGUCGCAUCGUCCCUUUGACCUUCGGUUCCAGUCGAGGCUGUCUUCAUCGCCCGGUAGCAUUCGGCCGUCAUCGCCCUUCCUUACACAGAUCCACUCGCGAAAGUCCUCCCUGACAAGCCGGUUAUCUCCGGCCACCUUUGACUCUGACCCCGAUGUACCCCAGGAUCCUUGGGAGGUUGUGCGCUGGACAAAAUUAAGAAAGAUAACGGGACAGACAUUCUCGGAGGUUGGCAAGCGGAAUUUUGGCUCUCCUACGUGCAUGGUAGUCUCUACCUCUAUCGUUAUUGGGACCUCAAGAGGAAUUGUCCUGGUGUUUGAUUACCAGCAAAACUUAAAGGGUGUUAUUGGGCAAGGAACAAACGCUGUCGAAUGCGGAGCGAUCCAGUCGUUGGCGCUGUCUGCGGAUCAUUCCACUGUCGCCGCAGGCCAUGUUUCGGGGGAUAUAUUCACAUGGGAGAUAUCGAGGCCCGCACGACCUUUCCUUCACAUCCAGCCCAUACCAGUAAACCAGGUUGAGACACGGCAAUCCGACGGCCACAUUGCGGGAUCGCCGGUCAUACAUUUGGGAUUCCUAGGAACGAGGCGCACUGCACUGGUUUCCGCUGACAAGCGAGGAAUGGCUUUUUCCCAUUUAGCGACCCGCGGUAUGGGUGCAGUCGGCCGGACGGUGAAAACAACACGGGUACUAGGCCGCUAUCCCCAGCCAACGUUAGAGAUCAGCAAACCGCGGAAACCAAGUUCUGUACUCGCAUUCUCGCCUCUUCCCCUGGGGAAUGUCGAGCAGCCGACGGAUUCUCUUGGCUUGGUUGCCAUGCUUACGCCGUAUCUCCUGGUUAUAGUUUCUACAACACCGGUGGCGCAGACUCAACACAAAUCGCCGCGUCCGAAAGAGGUCGCCGCCCAUGGAGCGAUGACGGGCGCGCUUGCAUGGUUUCCAGCUAUCAGGCUGAAGGGGAAGGAUUCGCAAAUCUCCAAGACGAAACUCGUUUAUUGCUGGUCAAACGUGCUGACCGUAUUGGAUGUUCUUGAGGUGGAGGAGGAUGAAAUAUCAUCAAAGGACCGCCCUCCCAGUUUAGAGUUCCGUCCGCGAUGCAGAUGGAGAGCCGAUGAGGCUAUUGUGGCCGUUCAGUGGUUGAGUCGUUCGGUGUUGGCGGUUCUUACUAUCACGCAGCAAUUACUCAUUGUAGAAGACCAUACAAUGCGCGUGACCAAUGCUGUUGAUCUUCUCAACCGACAUAUCUACCAUGUUGAUCUGUUCUCAGCUCAGCUCCACUCACUAGUUGAGCAGUUGAAUGAAGAGGAUACCUCCAUGCAUGGGGUUGUGGCCGAUGCUUUUUAUAUGAGCUUCCGCUCUUACAAGGGGCGAUUGUUUAUGCUCGGCUAUAACGAACUUCUAAUUGGCAACCUUUCGAACUGGGCGGACAGGCUGCUUGCGAUCAUGGAAGCUGGCGAUUUUAUCGGAGCCCUUCGCCAAGCUACAGCCUAUUAUAGCGGAAAUUCGGAGAAGCUUACUGUCGGACUUCCCGACGAAGACUCCUUAAGACAACCUAUUGUGCGGGAAAAACUCCUUGAAAUGAUGUCUGCUUCAUUGAAGUAUGCCUUUGGACGUAAUGCGGAGGCACCCAAUGACCGACUCGAGCGUCAACAGUUAGAAGAACUGGCUGAAGUAUCUAUUACGGCUUGUGUCUGCAUGGCCGACGAGGAGUUCAUGUGGGAUGAGGUCUUCAAUUGGUAUGAGGAGAAUGAAUCCGAAGGGGCCUUCCUCGAUGCGCUGGAGCCAUUCAUUGUUGAGGGGACAGUGCUAUCUCUACCCCCAACUGCUGUUAAAGCCCUGAUCAACCACUUUGGCGUUACUCAUACAGCCAGUCAACUGGAAGAGAUCAUUUGUCUGCUUGACACUAGCACGAUGGACAUCGACCAGGUGACCACGCUCUGCAAGCAGCACAAUCUCUACGAUGCGUUCAUAUAUGUCUGGAAUCGAUGUCUAGGAGACUACGUCGGCCCGUUGCAGGAAUUAAUCGGUCUCACUCCUUCCGAACAUUCCGUGACCAAUGGCGAUUCGGUGGAUGAACUCAAGCGCUACACGAAUGCGAUGAAAAUAUUCCCAUACCUCUCUUUCAUCCUCACAUCCCGUUCAUACCCGACGGGAAACGAUAUGGACGAGGUCGAAGCCUCUCGAGCAAAGACCGCCUUGUACAACUAUCUGUUCUCUGGAACGCAUGAAUCCUUCUCGCCGCUCGAGGUACUAUUGAAAUUCGACACGUCUAGUUUCAUGAGUAUGUUGAAUGAAGCGUUCGAGGAUAGCUUCUUGAAUGAGCAGGAUCCAGAUGAGGUUCCUCAUCAAGGAGUUUCAAUCAAUCGACAGUAUCUGAUUAGCAUUCUUCUUCAAACCAUGACUGCGACUGCUUUUGAGACCUCCGACACGAUCUACCUGGAUAUGUUCAUUGCUCGGAAUCUCCCCAAAUACCCGCAAUACAUACUGCUUUCUGGCACCACCCUGCAUCAAGUUCUCGAACGCCUGUGCCGAUAUCCAAAUGAGGAGAUGGUGGAAGACUGCGAAUUGAGCGCAGAGUAUCUUUUGUCCUUCUACCAUCCGCCAGACAUCCAGCAGAUGAUCCCACUCUUCCGAGAUGCACGGUUUUUUAGGAUCCUCAAAUCCACUUAUCGGUCUGAGAAACAGUUUCCAGAACUCGUACUCACGUACCUGGAAGAUCCAAACGAGCGGGUUAAAAUAUUUAUCUGUCUUCAAGACUGUCUCCGCCCUGGCUCUAACUUGGGUAAGAAGCAAAGACAGGCUGUCAUUGGCGUGGUUGAGGCCAAUGCCCUCGAUAUCGCUGCGAUAGACGUUCGCAUGGCGGCGCAAACUAUGCGUGAUUUCGCUCCAGAGACCCAUGCGACGUUUAUCAAGGCGUUACAAGACGAUAGUUACGGCCAGUAUCAAUAUCUGGAUGUCAUUGUCGAGCAACGAUCACUCCGCUCGCUAGAAAACCACCAGUUACGACCGGUUGAAGACUGGAUGGUUGAGCGUUACGUACAACUGCUCUGCAGGCACGAUCCUACCCAGGUAGCCAACUUUGUGGACACGCUCAGGGAGGGAGACAUAAGACUGGAGGAACUACUUCCCUCUAUGGAGGAAAGUGGGGUGGUGGACGCUGCUAUUAUCCUCCUGGCUAGGCAGGGGCAAGUGAGAGGGGCGAUGGACCGUCUCAUCGCCCACCUGAAGACACUUGAGUCAGGGCUGGUGGGGAUUCUACAGAGUUUGCAGGAUGCUCCAGACUCGGCUACUACGGCCGAAGCAAUUGAAGAUCUUUUGGAAUCCCUGAACAAAUAUGCGAAGGUUGGAACGUGGCUUUGCCAAGGCCAAAGCAAAACGGCCAAGAAUUCGCGUAGCAUCGAACGGAACGGUGGGGGCAAGAAUGCCUUGCAGCAGUCACUGUCCUUUGACGAGGAGCUUUGGCUUGACUUGCUCGAAGGUGUUGUUCGUAUCGCCAGUAGCGUCUUUGCGCAGAUUCAGGGGGGCCUGGCGAAUCGAGAAGAGACAACAAUCACAGAGUCGACGUCCCCCCUGGGUGCUAACGCUGCUCAGCUCGUCUCAUCGUUUCGAACCCUGGUGCAGCAGGUCUUUACCAUACUACUUUCGAGCACAGUUCGAACUAGUGGUCCAGGUCCAGCAACAGGCGAACGCAACGAUGUCGCUUUCCUUCGUAUCCUACGCGCCUUCUUAACUAGGGCAGCGCGUUGGUCUCCAUCGCUUCUUGAGUUACGAGCUGUCCUUGCAUCCGUGUUCUCAGCCUACACUUAUGAGAAAUCACUGCUAUCCCUGGCCAACGGAAUGCUAGAUCGCGAUCUGUUUGUCCAUGUUGACGAGGUGACACUAUUACGCCAAAGGGGAUGGCGGCCUCGUGGCCAAGUUUGCGAAAUCUGCCGGCAGCGUAUCUGGGGUCCCGGAGUCGGUGCUCAGCAAUGGCAUGCUUGGGAGACACGUCAAACUGAUUUGAAACAGCACCGCCUCGCGCGGCAGUUAGAAGGCCGGGCUGACUCGUCUUCAGCUCGAGGAAAAGGGAAAGCUGCAGUAGUCUCCUCCCCCGCCAGUCCGCCGUUGCACCCCCUAGAUGGGCACAUGGACCAGGCCACGAGCAGUUCUGCAACGGCUCUUCAUGAAGAGGGGGCUGGCGUGACCCAGGGACCGGUGGUUGUCUUCUCCUGCCGACACCUCUACCAUCGCCAGUGUCUGCUGGAUAUCGGUCAGUCACGCCCAGCUCGACAGAAACAACAUCACGGUGAAUGGGAGACGUUGGUCUGUCCUGUUUGUCCUGUACAUAGCGACCAAGCAUAA